UUCCCAAUGGGAAAUUUCUAUACUGAGAACUCUUGUACUUACAAAGGUUCUGCUCCUGAUGGCCCUUCUCUCUUCAUGGUCUCUGUUGCUGCAAAACAGAGGAGGGACAGGGAACAAGUCCAUGAAGGUGGCAUGGCACGGGAGCAGGCUGUCCACAUACACAGCAUGCAGCACACAGCCAAGUGUCCCCUCUGAGCCCCUCAUGCUGCCACUUGGAUCUCACCAAACAUAUAAUUGAUAUUUUUGCUUGCGUUCUCAGGUCUGGGUCAUGGAAGAGGGGAGGCCAGCCCAUCAGGGUGUUUUGUGAUGUGAAACAAGAGAGCCCUAUUGCAUGCUCAGGGACAAGGGGUAAUGGCCUCAAGCUGAAGGAGAGCAGGUGUAGAUCAGAUGCUAGGAAGAAAUUCUUUGUUGUGAAGGUGGCGAGACAAUGAAACUGAUUUUCCAGAGAAGCUGUAGGUGCCCCAUCCCUGGAAGUGUUCAAGACAAGGUUGGAUGGAUCCCUGAGCAAGCUGGUCUAGUGGAAAGUGUCCUGGUCCAUGGCAGCGGGGGUGGAACUAGGUAAUCUUUAUGGUCCCUUCCCACCCAAACCAUCCUGUGACUCUAUGAUUCUGGCUUGACUGAGUUGGUCUGUGUCCCAGUAUCAGAACUGGCCCCUCAGGGACACCACUCCAUACUGGUUGCAGCUGGAUGUCCGUGUGCUGAGUGCUGCACUGUGGUCCCAGCUGCCAUCCAGCUGCCCUCUGUCCCCUGGCCCUUCCCCAGCCAAAGCUCAGCUCCCCACCUGGCUGCUGUGUCACCCGCUCUGCUGAUGCCAAACUGGGUGAUGUGGAAUUGGAAAGCCUCCGUGUUUGCCGACCAGCCCACUUGUCUCACAGACUGCUGGAUGAGGUGCACCCUUAGUAAAUCCCAACCACCUUCUUGUCUUCCCUCCGCUUGCAAACAGCUCCCAAAAGUAGUUGCAUAUUUAACAAGUCAUUAAUUAUUUUCUGCAAUACCCUAUGUCCCAACAAAUGGCUACAUAGUGUAGUGGGAGAACUGUGUCUACUACUUGCAGGUUACUUGGAAAAAAAGAAAAAAAAAAGAAAACCCAGAUAGAAACAAGUUCUCUGUUGCCUUAUCUGCUCUGAUAAUGGCUAUCACACAGAGUCUAUCACAGAGCCUACGGGCACUGGGCAAAAUGCGUAACUCUGCUGACCUGCCAAGGCAGCCAAGAGAAAGGAGAAGGGCAUCUGAUAGGAACAAACUUUCCCUUGCCAGCGUUAUCAACACCUUUAUAAAGGCUGAUAGUGGCCAGCAGGGGCUUUCAUUGGCACAGGAAGCAAUCUCAGUGACCUUCAGUGGAGAAGAAGGUAUAAAACCCAAAGUCUUUUUCUUGGUCGACUGUCUGGGCACCAGUUGAAUUUCUUAGUUUCCAAGGUGGACACAUUUUUGGGAACUUUUCUGAGAAAAUGGCAACUUUAAAUGAAAAGAAGACCUGCAGCGAACGUAUGGCAGAUUUCCGUCGUUUUGUCUGGAAUCCAGAAACAAAGCUCUUCUUGGGAAGGUCCUUGAUUAACUGGGUGUGGAUCAGCCUCUACUACCUGGCCUUCUACGUGGUGAUGUCGGGGCUGUUUGCACUCUCCCUUUAUUCAUUAAUGAGUACAAUUAAUCCGUACGAGCCGGAUUACCAAGACCAGCUGAAAUCCCCAGGUGUAACCUUACGACCCGAUGUGUACGGGUACAGAGGACUACAGAUUUAUUACAACGUAUCCGACAACAAAACCUGGGAAGGCUUAGUGACAACUCUUCACACUUUUCUGACAGCAUACACACCAGCUGCUCAGCAUCUGAACAUCAACUGCACCAAUAAUACCUACUUCAUCCAGGACACCUUUGAUGGCCCGAAUAAAACAAAACUGUCCUGCAAAUUUACCUCAGACAUGCUUCAGAACUGCUCUGGCAUCACAGAUCCAACUUUUGGAUUUCCAGAAGGAAAACCCUGUUUAAUUAUAAAAAUGAACAGGAUUAUCAAGUUUUACCCUGGCAAUGGCACUGCACCACGGGUGAACUGCACAUAUGUGGUAAGGGGUGAGGAGUCUCGCCCGCUGCAGGUGGACUACUACCCUGUGAAUGGCACCUUCAACCUGCACUACUUCCCCUACUACGGGAAAAAGGCUCAGCCCAGCUACAGCAAUCCCUUGGUAGCUGUGAAAUUUCUGAACAUCACAAGGAACGUAGAACUUAAAAUAGUGUGCAGAAUCAUUGGAGCUGGAAUUACCUUUGAUAAUGUUCAUGAUCCAUAUGAAGGAAAAGUGGAAUUUAAACUAAAAAUAGAAGACUGAGCAGCUACAGAGACACUUCUGAAAAACGUAUGAAGAGUAAACUUAACUACUAUCAUAUUCAUCUGUAUUUAUUUUCUCACUAUGGUCCCCAUAUAAAUUACAGUGCAAAGAGACAUUUUCUACUGCAAGAUGGCCUAUCAAG